AUGGCCGGUGUCUUUCGGCCCUGCUUCUUUGGCCCUGUUCCCUCGCAGGAACGGGGUGGAGCAGUUUGUUUUCACUUCCAUGCCUUGCCUCUUGGUCUUGGACUUACUGGAGGAACUCUUGCCGUUCAUGCUUUCAUGGAGAAAGGGGGUAGGUCCUUACCCAGAGACACUGCAAAAUCAAAAAGGUGCAAGAAGAGCAAAGAAGAAGAAAAAAUAGUAGUGGUCAUAAAUUACUGCCUAGCAGUCCAAUAUGUGCAGCUGGUGCCAGAGGAUAUUGCUUUUCCAGCUGGAUUUGCUUGGGGGGCAGCUACAACAGCAUAUCAUAUUGAAGAAGGCUGGAAUGCAGAUGGAAAGGACCUUAAUGUCUGGGACACAUUCACCCAUCAGGGAGGAGAUCGAGUUUGCAAGAACCAGACUGGCGAUGUAGCUUGUGGCAGCUACACUCUGUGGGAGAAAGAUUUGAAAUGUAUCAAACAGCUUGGAUUGACUCAUUAUCGCUUUUCUCUUUCCUGGUCACGUCUGUUACCUGAUGGGACGACAGGUUUCAUCAACCAGAAAGGAGUCAAUUAUUACAGCAAAAUCAAUAAUAACUUGGGAAAUGGCAUCCUGCUCCCUGUUCACUUUGGCUUACCUCAGUCCUUAGAAGAUGAAGAUGGCUGGGAAUCUGAAAAGAUCAUUCAGACCUUUGAUAUUCAUGCAAAGUAUUGCUUCAGAACAUUUGGAGACUGAGUGAUCACUAUUAAUGAGCCUUAUGUUAUGUGGCUCUUUUUACCCUUUACCUUAGAUGUUUUUUUCAGGACAAUAUUUACUGAUGAUGAAUAUCUAGCCAUCAUGAAGUCUGAUAUUUCUGCAGUGCAUUCAAAGCAGGGUUACUUAUCAACAAGGCUUCCAGAAUUCACUAAAGAGGAAAAAAAUGUCAUCAUGGGUACUGCUGACUUACAUGCUCUGACCUUGUGGCCUGUUGCAAAUGGGAGUUUAUGGUUGCCUGUUGUACCACGGGGUUUGCACUGGCUUCUGUGUUACAUCAAGGAGACAUAUAAUAACCCUAUAAUUUAUAUCACUGAGAAUGGGUUUUCCCAAAGUGACCCUGCACUACUUGAUGGCAGUCAACUAUGGGAGUAUUUCAGGCUGAUUUUACAGGAAAUUUUAAAAG